AUGGCUGCCCAAGAGAUGACAACGUCCAACACCACGCAGGAGUGUCCAACCAUCUCUUCUGGGCAGCAUAUUUUCUACAACACUGAAUUUGGAAAACAAGCAACAAGAUUCAUGAAACUGGACAACUGUCUUUAUAACAUUACCAGUGAUAAAACCAGGUUCUUCAAAGGACUAAAAGCUAAAGGCGACGAUGAAUUCAUUCGACAAGUCCUAGUCGUGCGCCCUGGCGAGUGCCAGACCCUGCUCCCCGCAAGGGGACCCACGAACGACCCUCACCACCACCUCUGCCCUGGUGGAGCCCCCGUGCGGAACACAGGAUCCGAAGAUGGCAGCAGAAGCUCCUCAGCAGCCCCGAAAGCGACUGGCCAGGGUGGGCACAGGCUCCUUCACUGGGUGAAGGCGGCGCAAAGAACGGGAAGAACCAUCCCGGGAGCCCACCGGGCGUUCAGCUUCCCUUGAGCUCCCAGGCGACUCGGGCUCGGUAGCCCACCGGGGAGUUUCCGGAAGCUCCUGAAGCAGGCGAGGGGCGGGGCGGGCGAAGGCCAUUCGGCUGUUCCUCUGGCUCCAGAAUCUCCUAACGCGCAGGUGUCCAACGUGACCAGCGCGACUCACCGCUCUAAUCUCUCUGGUUUUCCAAGGGCUUGUUCAGUCGUCCUGCCGGGCAGGCCCUGAGAACGGACGGAAAGGAGUAAGUUUAAUGAGUGGCCCUUCCUGCAUCGCCCUGUAAAGCCGGCAGCGGUUGUCUCUGUGGCGCAAUCGGUUAGCGCGUUCGGCUGUUAACCGAAAGGUUGGUGGUUCGAGCCCACCCAGGGACGAUUCUUGGAGCUUUUAAAGCAUUCACGCAUUGUCAAUCACUAGACAAAUGGACAGGAUUUUAUCUUCCGGAGUCCCAAGACACUCAUUUUUGACUGAUCCAUGUCAAGGCCCAGCCCACCUCCCCGACCAGAUUCUUAACCGGGUAUAUCCUGAAACAGAGACCAAGGAACCCACUUCUGGUGUGAUAAAAUUCUAAUUCAGUCUGUUAUACGCUUAAACGAGUAAUUUACAUGCCUCCAUUUUUUCAUAUUUUAGUAGUAGGAGUCCAGUAUUACCUCCAGGACGUGCCUGGAUUUCCUGAUUGCUCUAUCAAUAAUGUGACCAGCGGAAUGAUUCAUCAUGAUAGGGAUCCUCUUCAUCAUUUUUGAAAACAGUAUUUUUCCUCAGUUUGUGCAGGAUUUAUUUAACCCUUUUCAAAAUGUUUUUGAUAGCCAGGCAUGGUGGCACACACCUGUAAUCCCAGCU